ACCCAACAUAACUUUGGGAUAUAACGUCUUUGACACUUGCUAUGUAUAUAACAACAUCCAGCCAGCUCUGAAUUUCAUGUCGCAGGGCUACGUCAUCAACCCUACCAAUAGUUUUACACAGUACAUUCCCAAUGUGAUCGCUGUGAUUGGCCCAGAUAGCAAUGAUGCUGCCGAGACCACUGCCAACCUGUUUAAUCUACUGCUUCUUCCACAAAUCAACAUUUUUGCCUCCAGUAAGAGGAUGAGUGAACUGAGCUUGCCAUCCUGUUUCCAGACCAUUCCCAGCAGAAGAGUGCAGCAACAAGCCAUCACAGACAUCCUCAACUAUUUUAAUUGGACUUGGAUUGCCGUGCUGGGAAGCCUAGACGAAUAUGGAUUUGAAGGAGUGCAGCAGUUUCUAGAAUUCACAUCAGAUACAAAUAUUUGCGUUGCCUAUAAAGGCAUCAUACCUAUUAAAGUAUGGGGCAAAGAGGCGGAGUGGAAAAAUGCCAUACUUGACAUUAUCUCCAAUAUCACCCUUACUAAUGUCAAUGUCGUGUUAGUGUUCUCCGUAGACAUUGUUGUUCUCGAUUUUUUCAAAGAGGUGGUGAAACUGAAUGUUCCCUCAAAGAUCUGGCUGGCCACCGAGACUUGGUCUUUGUCUACGGACAUUUAUGAUUUACCAAAUUUGAAGAAUUUAGGGAUGGUGCUUGGUAUUGCUCUAAAAUAUGUGAACAUCUCAGGUUUUGCUGAAUAUCUCAAAAAUGGAUACCAGGAAAACAGGAGCAGUUUGGGAAAGCCAAGGGUAAAUGAAAGUUGCAACCAGAACUGUGAUAACUGCUUCAAUACAUCUCUGAGUAAUUUUAUGGGCACCUCCGAUAAAAGGGUCAGCUUUAGCAUCUACACAGCAGUGUAUGCCGUGGCACAUGCACUACACAAAGUACUUGGUUGUAACAAAAUAGAUUGCGACAAGAAAGAAGUCUACCCAUGGCAAAUCACUGAAGCUCUGGGACAAGUGAACUUUUCAUUGCUAAACAGUGAAAUAAAUUUCAACAGAUAUGGCGAUUCUUCUACCGGAUAUGACAUUGUCUUCUGGAACUGGUUGGGUGAAACCUCGUUUCAGACUGUUGGGACCUAUACUGGUUCAGGAUACCUUAAUAUUAAAUUGGACAAGAUUAACUGGCAAACAGAAAACAAUGUGAUACCUUCAUCUGUGUGUUCCUCCGACUGCUUACCAGGACAGGAAAAACAGCAAAAAGGACAAUACAAAUGCUGUUUUAAAUGUGUAAGCUGUGUGGCCGGAACCUACCUGCAUAAGAAUGGUACCUGUGUGAGCUGCAGUGCAGACCAGUGGUCCACGGAGGGAAGUACCUUUUGCUAUAAUAAAACCAGAUGCUUUUUGACCUGGAAUGACGUUAUAACUAUAGCUUUAUUUGUGACAGGAGUCUUGGGGAUUUUGCUAACAGCUGUUGUCAUUGUCACCUUCAUUGUCCACUUAUCAAGUCCAGUGGUGAAGGCUGCGGGUGGUAGAAUGUGCUUCCUUAUGCUUAUAUCACUUGCUGUAGCCUAUCUUAGCGUCUUGGCCUAUCUUGGAGAGCCUAGUGUAAUUAAGUGCACAAUGAGACUUCCUAUCUACAGCACUGCUCUCACCAUCUGCUUCUCCUACAUCUCGAUACGGUCCUUUCAGAUAGUCUGUAUAUUCAAAAUGUCUUCAAAGUUGCCAGCCACCUAUGACUACUGGGUAAAACAGAACGGGCAGUACAUCUGUCUGGCUGCCCUUUCCGGUGUUCAGGUCCUGAUCUCAUGUGUGUGGAUUUUCACCAACCCUCCUAAGGCAACCACAAAGGACCUGAGCAUAGAUAAUGUUCUCUUGGACUGCAGCCAAUUUGGAUCCAUCUACAACAUCCUACAGUAUGGUUAUAACGCUCUUCUCAGUCUUCUGUGUUUUACAUUUUCUUAUAUGGGCAAAGAAUUGCCGAAAAACUACAGCGAAGCCAAAUGUAUCACUCUUGCCAUGUUGAUUUUUUUUGUGGUCUGCAUCUCUUUCUUUACUGCUCAGCUCAUUGAUGUGGGAGAGUAUGUCACCCCAAUCAAUGCAGGUCUGGCUUUAGCCAGUCUUAUGGGUAUAAAAGGAGGCUAUUUCUUUCCAAAAUGCUAUAUUAUCUAUUGUAAGCCUCAGUUUAAUACCACAAAGCACUUCCAGUCAACCAUCCAAUCCUACACCAAGAGAGGGAGUGGGAGCACAAAGUAAGAUCGUCACACUGUGGUGGAGCAUAUUUCACAGCUGCCCAAUAGAACUGCAUUUAAUUACUCAGAAUGACUCCUAAACAUGAGCUCUGCUUGUUGUUUUGUAUAUUUUUGAUGGUAUAAAUAAUUAUAAUAUAACAUUUUUAAUGUGAUUACUCUUUAAUAAAUCUGCAUAUACAUUUAUGCAGUGUCCCACUGCAGAGCAGUGCUCCACUGCAAAAAGGGGCUUGCUACGCAUUUCCUAAAUUUAGGAUGGUAAAGACCAAAACUGUGAUUUGCUGUGUAUUCCUGUAUGUGCUGAUUUGAGAUAACAGGCUGUAUCCACCAACCACUAGUGGAGCUGUUUCCUCUCCAUUAGAGAGAACGAGGUAGAAAUUCUAGAGACAGACAAAUGAGUCUGUGUACAGACACAGUAGUGACAGGAGCUAGAGCAGAGAGCUGACCCACUUGCUUGUCUCAGAUUCAGGUACUGGCUAGGAGAAGGCCGCCAUGGAGAAAACCUACAAAAAGCAGGCCAGAUCUAAAAGAGAUGUGUAGUGAAAGCUCAGUAGAGAUAACCUGUCUAAAAGGCGGUAUUGGUUCUAGAUCACACGUGUUCAGGAGUUUUCUUCCGGUGCCUGGACAACUAUUAAGUAUUCACUUCCCACUGCAGAUUAUGUGGACGGGUAAUGAAAGUAAAACAACAUGAUAAAAAAAGGUGCAGAGAGUUGGCCUACCAUUAGAGGGAACCACCCUGUUGGUUGCAUUGCAUUGCAAGAAAAGAAAAGUUACACCUCAUGCCUGGAUCCUUAUGUGUUACAGUCAACUAUGGAAGUACAGUGUUAGGAAAAGUGCUCCCAAGAGACAACUGUGCCUGUUAACUCAAAUCGCAGCGGUGUAACCUAUAAAAUCUCUGGAAAUUGCAUUUGUGAACAUCUGCCAGUCCAUGCAUGCUGAACCUGUGAUUAUUGCACUUGAACUUGAAUCUUCUGUAAAGAAUAGUUUGCUGUAAAUUUUGCCUGAUUAUUCCCUGCACCGCUGCAGUGCACCAACAUACACAACUGCACCAAGGGAACCUGCCUUGCACUGUAAAGAGGACCUGUCACCU